AUGACAACUGAGCAAAGUGGGCACGAUCAUUCCCUUGCAAUUAGACAAGAAAUACAACGUUUCGAAAGUGUUCAUCCAUCAAUUUACGCUAUUUAUGACUUAAUAGAUCUGAUAUCUGAUACACACAUUGCUAAACAAAUUCGCGAACAUGUUGUUGCUAUUGAAGAUUCAUUUGUUAAUAGUCAUGAAUGGACAUUAGCUAGAGAUGUCCCAGAAUUACAUUUGGGAAUUAUUGGUUCAUCUGACUCGGGGAAAUCUGCUUUAGUUCAUAGAUAUUUAACUGGUUCAUUUAUGCAUGAGGAAUCUCCAGAAGGUGGUCGUUUUAAAAAGGAAGUCUUUAUCAAUGAUCAGAGUUAUCUCUUGCUAAUCAGAGAUGAGGGUGGUGUUCCAGAAUCACAAAUUCAAUUAAUGAUUCUAAUCCCCGGGUUAUAAAGGAUAUUAGACCAAGAAAAUUGGCAUGUGACUUGAGAUGUCCUUAUUAUGAAACAUGUGCUGUUUAUGGUUUGAAUGUUGAAAGAGUAUUUCAAGAUGUGACUUUUGAUGAUUAUUCUGAGAGUAUUCUGAAUAUUACAGUGUGUCAGAAAAUUAUACAACAUAUAUCUGCAAAACAGUAUCGAUGUAAUGGACAACAAGCAAUAGAGAAUGAAAUAAAGUAUCCAGUUCCAAUGAUUGCCAAAAAUACACAGCUUCUCACCAAAGAAAUGGAAGCAACAAAUUCCUCAAAAUUAAAUGUAUCUGAUAAAGACGAAGACACUAGAUCAUUUCAUCAUAAUUCUACCCAAAAUGAUUCUGGCAUAAUAAGUGAUAAUUUUCAUAAUACACAGAAUCAACAUGGAGAUUUUAGAUCCUCAAUAUUAACACCAACCACUAUCAGGAAAUUUAGAAGAAAGUCUAAUAUAUUUACCCCAUCGAAGAAGGAAAAAUAUAACAUGGGUGAGAUGGGUGUUGGUAGAGAAAUACCUGUGAAACAAGGAUAUUUGUUUAAACGCAGUAGUAAAUCCUUAAAAGAAUGGAAAAAGAAAUAUGUUACAUUGUUAGAAGAUGGUCGUUUAACUUAUCAUUCUAGUUUACAUGAUUAUAUGAAUGAUACUAAUGGUAAAGAAAUAUUAUUACAAUAUGUAACCGUAAAAGUGCCUGGAAAAACGCCUAAAGGUUCUAAAUCAUCCAAUGCUCAAGAAGAUAGUUUUGAAUUUUCUAUCAUUUCAUUAGAAAAUAAGACAUGGCAUUUUGAAGCAAAUAAUGCCGAAGACAGAGAUAGUUGGAUUUCAGUUAUAGAACAACAAAUAUUAUCGAGUUUACAAAAUAGCGAUGGUGAUAAAAAAAACGAAACUGAUGCUUUCAAAAUGCACUGUAUAAAGAACAAAGUAUCGGGAAAUGAUGCUUGUGUAGAUUGUGGUGCAGCUAAUCCAGACUGGGCUAGCUUAAAUCUAGGUGUAUUAAUGUGCAUUGAGUGCUCAGGAAUACACAGAAAUUUAGGUUCGCAUAUAUCAAAAGUUCGAUCUUUGGAUUUAGAUGAUUGGUCCGCAGGUCAGUUAAGUGUAAUGUUAGCCCUUGGUAAUGAUAUAGCAAAUAGCGUUUGGGAAUAUUGUUUGAAUGGGAAACAGAAGCCAAAUUCAGAUUCUCCUAGAGAAGAGAAAGAACAAUGGAUCAGAUGGAAAUACGAAGAUAAAAUAUUUUUACCACCAAUUAAUCCAAACAUUUCUUUAGGAAAGUUGCUCAUUGAUUCGGUUUGCCGGGGUGAUAUGAGAGCAUUUACAUUAUGCUUAGCCAGAUGUAGUUAUGAAGAUAUUAAUAUGCCUGUCAGUAUGGAAGAUUUAAGAACGCCUUUGCAUUUGGCUUGUGCCACAGGAAAUUUAGCUAUGGCACAACUUCUAAUAUGGCAUAAAGCAAAUCCACAAAAUUUAGACCAUGAAGGACGUACAUGUAUGUCGUAUGUACGAGCACUUGAAAGAACGCUUGACAAUUCAUCAGAUUCUAUGGAAAUGCAGAAGCUUCUUGAAGUUCUUGAACAAGCUAGUAUUUCUGGAGUAGAUGAUGUAGAAACUUCUCAGUAUUAAAAUUGUUUAUAUUAUGUACUUAUUGCAUGCAAAGUCAUGCUUAAAAUAAGUUGAUAAUCAUUAACAGUACUGAUACUCAGAAAGACAACCAAAGUAUGUUAAGUAAAUUCGAAGCAUUACAGUCUAUUAGAUAA